GUGAGCCGUGACUCCGAGGUUCAGAUGCUACCUCGCCGGAAAGCGUCGAUUCUCGCAUCAGAAGCCUUCAGCAUGAAGCACUCGUCCUUUAGCAACGGCCGGAAGAACGGCAAGUACUCCCUCUUCGUCAUCAUCUUCUCGGUGUUCCUCUUCAUCACCUUCAUGUACAACGAGGACGUCAAGUCCAUCGCCGAGUAUCCUUUCAGCAGCAGAUCUAAGUCGCCGGAUAUGUCUCACGAAGAAUUCCCCAUCGUGGAGCCGAGCAAAGAGGAAUACCAUGAAACCAACAACUUCCGCCACGCGCAAGAGCAGGCCGACGAAGAAUUCGCAGAAGAUACUGUGAAGGUGGUGUUACCACAGGACGACGACGUGAGGGUGGUGGACGUGCACGAAAAGCCGGCGAAGGAGCCGGAGCCAGAGCGGGAACGGGUGGUGCUCGACGUGCCGGAGAGUUGCGACCUGUUCACCGGCGACUGGGUGUACGACGAGGUGAGCUACCCGAUAUACAAGGAGCCGGAGUGCGAGUUCCUGACGGAGCAGGUGACUUGCAUGAGGAACGGCCGGCGCGACGACGACUACCAGAAGUGGCGGUGGCAGCCCCAGGGAUGCUCUCUGCCGCGGUUUGAUGCGCAGGUGAUGCUGGAGAGGCUGAGGGGGAAGCGUCUCAUGUUCGUGGGCGACUCGCUAAACCGCAACCAGUGGGAGUCGAUGGUGUGCCUAGUGCAGUCCGCAGUCCCGCCGGAGAAGAAGACCCUCACCAAGAAUGGCUCGCUCAACGUGUUCCGCGCCUUGGAGUACAACGCGACGGUGGAGUUCUACUGGGCACCGUUCCUGGUGGAGUCGAACUCCGACGACCCCAACAUGCACAGCAUCCAGAACCGGAUCAUCAUGCCCAAGUCGAUCGCGAAGCACGGCAGGAACUGGAAGAACGUCGACUACCUCGUCUUCAACACCUACAUCUGGUGGAUGAACACUCUGAGGAUGAAAGUCCUGCGAGGAUCGUUCGAGGAAGGAUCGACGGAGUACGACGACGUGGACAGGCCGGUGGCGUACAGGAGAGUGCUGGAUACAUGGGCGAAGUGGGUGCAGAGGAACGUGGAUCCCAGUCGGACCAUGGUGUUCUUCAUGAGCAUGUCACCCAACCACAUCAAGAGCACGGACUGGGACAACCCGGAGGGGAUCAAAUGCGCACUGGAAACGCAGCCGGUGACGAACCUGUCGCAUCCGCUGGACGUGGGCACCGACUGGCGGCUGCUCACGGUGGCGGAGGAGGUGAUGGAGGGCAUGAAGGAGAGGGUGCCGGUGUCGUUCGUCAAGAUCACGGCGUUGUCGGAGUCCCGCAAGGACGCGCACACCUCCGUGCACACGCUCCGGCAGGGGAAGCUGCUGACGGCGGAGCAGCAGGCCGACCCGGAUACCUACGCCGACUGCAUCCACUGGUGCCUGCCGGGCCUCCCCGACACCUGGAACGAGUUCCUCUACGCCCGGAUCGCCUCCGCCCCGUGGCGUCCCGAUCGCUGGCUCACGGCUGCAUAGAUACCUUUCUUUCCUAAUGUCAGAAAACCUUGAUCUCUUUCUUUUUCUUACAUUUGUUUCCUCUGAAGGAUUCUGAGAUCAUAAACUCAAACGAGGGUUCCCAACCGGUGUCAUUGUUAGUGUCGAUAGAAAGCAUAAAACAGUAACAAUAAUUAUUUUUUUU